GCAGCCGCCGCUCCGCCGCCAGCCCCGGCCCCGCAUCCAGGCUCCAGGAUGGACGUGUUCAUGAAGGGCCUGUCCAUGGCCAAGGAGGGCGUUGUGGCUGCUGCCGAGAAAACCAAGCAGGGGGUCACCGAGGCGGCGGAGAAGACCAAGGAGGGCGUCCUCUACGUCGGAAGCAAGACCCGAGAAGGGGUGGUACAAGGUGUGGCCUCAGUGGCUGAGAAAACCAAGGAGCAGGCAUCACAUCUGGGAGGAGCCGUGUUCUCUGGGGCUGGGAACAUCGCAGCUGCCACAGGGCUGGUGAAGAGGGAAGAAUUUCCCACUGAUCUGAAGCCAGAGGAAGUGGCCCAGGAAGCCGCUGAGGAGCCGCUGAUUGAGCCCCUGAUGGAGCCAGAAGGGGAAAGUUAUGAGGAGCCACCGCAGGAGGACUAUCAGGAGUAUGAGCCAGAGGCGUAAGGGCCCAGGAAGGCCGCCCACCAGCAGCAC